AUGCAUCCUGGCGGAAACAAGUUAUAUCGAGAUCUUCGUGAGCAGUACUGGUGGCCAGGGUUGAAACGCAAAGUUACUGAGUAUUUGAGUAAGUGCCUGACAUGCCAGCAAGUUAAGGCUGAGCAUCAAUUACCUUCUAGGUUACUACAACCAGUUAAAAUUCAACUCUGGAAGUGGGAGAGGAAAUUGGCCAAGUUGUAUGUGGCUAAAAUUGUGAGACUGCAUGGUGUACCAGUUUCUAUCAUAUCUAACAGAGAUCCUAGAUUCAUAUCUCGGUUCUGGAAAAAGUUACACGAGGCUUUGGGUACAAGGCUGGAUUUCAGUAUUGCGUUCCACGCUCAGACGGAUGGGCACUGUCGUACUCCUACCUAUUGGACUGAGCUAGGUGAGCGGCGAGUUCUGGGGCCAGAAUUAAUUUCUAAUAUAGAAGAUAAGGUGAAACUGAUUCGAGACUGGUUAAAGGAAGCAUCUGAUAGGCAGAAGUCUUAUGCAGACUUGAAGCGUAAAGAGAUCGAGUACUCUGUGGGGGAUUAUGUCUUUCUCAAGGUCUCACCAUGGAAGGAAAUUUUGAGGAUUCAUGACGUGUUUCAUGUUUCAAUGCUAAAGCGAUACCGUUCUGAUCCCUCGCACAUUGUAUCAGUUGAGGAAAUCGAGGUUGGACCUGAUUUGACUAUCGAGGAGGAACUGGUGCAGAUAUUGGAUCGUGAUGUUAAGGUAUUAAGAAAGAAAUCUGUUCUACUAGUCAAAGUGCUUUGGCAUAAUCACGGUUCAGAGGAAGCCAUGUGGGAGCCUGAGGAGGCGAUGCGGCAGCAAUACCCUCAUUUAUUCUGA